AUGGAGAGGAACUUCUUAAUCUCGGACUGGGAUUCGAACCCAGAACCUUCCGAAGACAUGUCGGCUACUCUACUAUUUGAGCUAUCCGCCACACCGUCCAUCUUACGGCUAGCAUUUUUAACAAAUAUAAAUACACUGGUACCGAAACAACAAGAGAGACUGGGUGUCGUGGGAAGACUUCACGUCAGAUUAAAAUCUUUCUUCUUACCACCGAGCCGGGAGAUCGAACUUGAAGAACAAAUUAGGAACCGGGUGCAGAAAGAGACUGAGAUAGCAAAAGAGUAUGCGACAAGUUUACAGACCCUGAUGCGUUGA